GAUCGUUGUGAAAUUGUAAAUAAGAACAAAAAUUGCCGAAAAUUAAUUAAAAAUUAGAAAAAAUGAGCGACAUUGUGUCCCAAAUCGAUGCAAUUCUCGCCGAAAAUCCCACACAAGAGAUGUCGGAAUGGUACAACCAAGGAUUAAACCUAAUCGAAAAACAAGCAAACAAAGAGGAAGAACUCAAAAAAUGGUCAAAACGAGCAAAAAAAGAAAUCGAGUCGCUAAAGAAAAUUCUGCUCGAAAAAAAUCAAAAAAUCACAGAAUUAGAAAUUAAUUUUAGUAAAUUGUCUGCGGAACAUGAAUCCUUAAAGACUGAAUAUCAACAGUUGAAAGCCUCAAUUCGUACUAAAGAAUCGCCAAAAUCACAAAAAAAUCGCAGAAAAAGCUCUUCCAAGUCGCCAAACGAGAACAAAGAACCCGAAAAGUCAAAACGUCUCAAAGGCGAUUGGAUCGGAAAAACUUCUCCGCCGCUGAUUGACAAACGUCGUUCAUUAAGUCUCACAAAAGCAUCAAAACUCAAGCAAACCCAACUGAAUUUCAAACCUCCUCGCGAUUCUGAUGAAACAUUUUGCUCAGAACUCGAAGAUCUCACGCCGCCUUUGGAGGAACAAAAUUUCCAAAAGAGCCCGAGUCGUUUUCGGUGCGAUCAAAAGUCAUGGAAAAAGUUGAAAGAAGUGAAAAAGGAAAAAUUAGAUGAGAAAAAUCCUUUUGAUUGCUUUCAACGUCCUGCAAAACCGCAAAAAGAAGAAUCGCAAGGCAUGAAUACUGCCGUUCUUUUUCCCUCCGAUGACUCUUGUGAGUCAGAUUGUGUCUUGUUGCCAACGCAGAAGCCCGAAGUGAUAUCAAUUAAUGACACUGUGAUUCAACCGUCGAUUAUGAGAACAAGUAGCAGUUCAGGUUUAAUAGCUAAAAAGGAGGAAGAUCCGGAAAAUAUUAAAACGCCAUCGCCUCCGAAAAGAAAACUGGAAUGGGUUCCCGGAUUUUGCUCAAAAUGUGUUGAGUACUACAACGAAAUCUUGCCAAAUGGAUUUGAUAAGAACCAUCCUAACGUAGUGCCUUGCUCACAUGAACUGGGACGACGAGGAAGACCUGAUACCCCCGAAGGUUUUUGGAAUCCCAUUUUCACGCCCACACAAAAAUAA